AUGUCUACUAGCGCUACGACGACCCAGCUGGGCCGCCACUUAUGGUCUUCCAUACGAGAUCCUCACGUCACCUCGACUCUAUUUACUGCCGCGAUACUUCUUCCGACAUGUCAGCCAUUACUUGGCCGUCACGGACUCGGCCUCGGCCACUCGACUUUGCUUGGGAUACACCAACAAUACGGACAGCAACAGAGCACGCGACAAUUUACCUCUUCGGCAAGUCGCUUUUUCUUUCCAACAAUAAAGUCGCAAAGAAUACACAACCACCAGUCACAACCAUCCCAUAAUGUCCUACGAAGCUGUACCUCUGGAGGCUUACUCCUCCUUGGGCUCACCACAAGCCCUUCUUCAACGAGCGCGGUAGAGACAUCCGCACUAUCCGGCAAUGCCGCGCAAAAGGCAAAAAUGAGCCACCUGGCUCGACAGGCUCUGGUCUUGGGAAGGAUACGAAACACCGCAACCACAACAAUAUGUAUAGCAGGCAAGCGCUAUCAAAGUUCCGGAAAAGAGACCAAGGGCGAUCAUGACGAGACCAAGGCCGAAGAAAAGACUUCUACAACCUCUCAGCAAAAGUCCGAGCAACCACAGCAACCUCCACAGACUGAGACGACUCCUAGUUCUGGUCCCCAACCAACUCCGGAGCAUCACUCACUAGCAGACUCCAUGUCCAAAUACCUUCACCUUCCUCACCUCCCCCAUCUGCCUCAUCGGCCAACAAAGGAGGAGCUUCUGGCGGCAGCAAGUGGGUUCUGGUCACGGCUCAAGGUCCGGUUCAAGUGGUUCUCCAUCAGGAGUAUGCGCCCAUGGAACGCCGACGAAUGGGGAGCCUUUGUGUCCUUCUUCUUGUUCGGUCACUUGGUCUGGAUUCUUGUGGGAACGACUACCUUCUUCUCCCUCAUCAUCCUCUUCAUCAACACGGUAUUUGCCCAGGAAACACUGGCCAAGUGGAUUGGAGACUACCUGACCCAAUCGGCCGGUCUUACGGUUGUCUUCGAGUCGGCUAUUGUGCCCAAGUGGGGGGACGGUGUCAUCACUUUCCGCAAUGUCUUCGUUUCUCGGAGACCCGGCCAGCUCAAGUCUUCCGUCAAGAAGGGUUCUUCUGGUGCUGCGGCCGAGGCAGCCGCUGCUAAACUGGCCGCUGAGCAAGAAGGUACUGUUAUGGAAGAGGACGAUGGCAAUUACACCCAGUUCGACGUCACCAUUGACACCGUGAACGUGGCUCUGUCAUUCCUUAAGUGGUGGAACGGAAAGGGUCUUCUCAAGGAUGUCGAAAUCAAGGGUGUCCGAGGCGUUGUUGAUAGGACUUCGGUCGUCUGGGGCAACGAGGAACUUAACCCCCUUGACUUCAGACAUGAGCAUAACCCUGGCGACUUCGAACUGGAUUACUUCAAGAUGGAAGAUCUGCUGGUAACCGUCCACCAACCGGGCGGUUUCCGUCCCUUCUCCGUUUCCAUCUUCUCCUGCGAGCUUCCUCAGCUACGAAAACAGUGGCUAUUCUACGACUUCCUCUCAGCAUCUCACAUGUCGGGCUCCUUCGACGGGUCACUGUUUACCAUUCAUCCCAGACAGAUUCACGGUGUAUCCUCAGCAGAUAACAGCCGUCACCAACAAGAGGAAUUCGGCGCUCCCUCAGCCUGGAAGAAGUUCUCCCGCCUACGGAUUGAUGGGCUAAAGAUUGACCACCUCAACCGCGGCGUGGAAGGACCAUUCGGUUGGAUUUACGAGGGCAACGUCGACAUUGUCGCCGACGUCAUGUUCCCCUCCGACCCCGACGAGGGUCUAGGCAAGGUCGUUGCCGAAUUCUACGACAAGAUGGAAGAAGCCGUGACCAGCAACCGCUACCUCAAGAUCCUAGACGGCAACAUCUCCCCCAACAGCCGCAUCACCACCGAAACCACCAACACUAGCAGCCCCACUCUCGAAAGCGGGCCAAUCCCCAACGCUACCUCCAUCAUCAACCUCGCCGACCACCACGACGAGCUCCCCACCUCGGACCAGCACUUCCACCGAUUGAUCCAGCCUGCAACUCCCAAGGAGCCGGCGCCCGUCGAGGAAACCCCCUCCUACCUCGUCAUGGACCUUCGCAUCCACCUCAACGACGUCCGCGCCGCCGUUCCUCUGUUCAACAACCAACAUAUGAGCUACGUCAAUCAAGCUCUGGUGCGCCCCAUUGUCGCCUACAUCAACGCCAAGCGGACUUAUAUACCCAUCAGCUGCCGAAUCGUCAAGCGCCUGACUGACUUCGACGGUUCUUGGACUAUCUGGGACUGCGGGUUGAUGGACGAUAUGGGUGCUGAAGUCUACUCUGCUUUUGCCAGGAAUGUAGAGGAUCAGCAAAGUAGGGUGAGGAGAUUCAAGCGCGUAGGACUGUGGACUGUCUCUCUCGUGGUACAUGCGUUGUUGGCGGGCGUAGCGGGAGAUUUGAUGUGA